AUGGUAGUUUGCGAUCCCUGCCCGCGCACGGUCCGUCUCGCAGCCCAUGGCCCUCAGUGGUCCCCGGCCACGGCCAGCGUGUCGGCUGCCAGGGCGCACCCGCUCUGCGGCACGGCGGCCGCGCUCGCGGCCGACGUAGUCCCCCAGUGCCGCCCAGCUCUGCGCUGGGGCUCUCUGGCGCCGCCGCGGCCGUCGGCGCUGGGCGCCGGGCCAGGCGAGGGCCGACGGCGCUGGCCGCGGCCGAGCCGCUUCCGGCUCCCCGAGCUCGGGCCAGAGAGGAGGGCGAGGCUGUUGGCAGCCCUGAAGGUGGCGUCCCCGUUCCUGACGGUCGGUGCGCUCUGCCUGUCCUCUUGGGUGCGGGGGCGCCAGCAGAGGACGAUCAAGGAGGUCGCGCUGUCGGCCUUCUUCGACUUCCUACAGAACCCGACGCAGCCCGUGAGGCACGCCAUCCUCGGCAGCUCGAGCUGCACGGUCCUGCUGGAGGACGGCACUCGCCUGUUCGCGCGCUGGCCAGCCAUGGCUGGGCCCGUGGUUGAGGAGCUGUGGUCCAUCCUCAGGGGGUCCAAGAUCGUUGUCCUGGCCGAGCGAACCAGCGGCUCGCCCAAGCUCCUGAUGUCCUUUCUCUUGAUGGGGGCUUAUCGGAUUUGUUCAUGA